AUGGAUCUGUCGGUGGAGCGCCGGGAAGCACGUCGGUUUUGUGCGGUGACCGGCGGGCGGGGCUUCAUGGCAAGGCACCUGGUGAUGGCGCUACUCCGCUCCGGCGAUUGGCGUGUUCUAAUCACCGACCUCGGCCCUGAAGCCACUCUGUCACCCGCCGAGAAUGGCGGACUCCUUGGGGCAGCCCUCCGCGACGGCCGCGCCGUCUACGCCUCCGCCGACGUCUGCCAAUUACCCCAACUUACAAAAGCUUUGGAAGGGGUAGAUACUGUUUUCCAUACUGCUGCGCCGGAUCAUACCAACAACAACUUCAAACUUCAUUACAAGGUUAACGUCGAUGGGACAAAGAAUGUCAUCGAGGCAUGUAGGAAAUGCAAGGUUAAAACACUCAUAUACACUAGUUCCGGCGGAGUUGUAUUCGAUGGAGUUCAUGGCCUCUUUGGCGUAGAUGAAUCAACGCCAUAUCCAGAUAAGUUUCCUGAUGCAUAUACACAAACAAAGGCAGAAGCUGAAAAGCUAGUGAUCAGGGCCAAUGGAAAAAAUGAUCUUGUCACUUGUUGUAUACGGCCUGGUAGCAUUUUUGGUCCCGGUGAUAUGAUAGUGCCAAUUUUAGUUUCUUGUGGAGGAAUGAUGUUUGUUAUUGGUGAUGGCAACAAUUGUGAUGACUUUGUCUAUGUUGAGAAUGUGGUGCAUGGUCAUAUAUGUGCCGAGAAAACUCUUUCUACCAAAGAUGGUGCAAAUAGAAGUGGAGGCAAAGCCUACUUCAUUACUAAUAUGGAGCCAACGAACAUGUGGGACUUUUUUUAUAUGGUUUUGGAAGAAUUUGGAUAUAAAAGACGAUUUAGAUUAAGAAUACAUGCAAAUCUUCUCAUGCCGAUAACUUAUCUCCUAGACUGGAGCUAUGCCAACAUAUUCUCUCUCUAUGGAAUGCACCAACCUAGCAUGCUAACAUCCGCAAGAAUUAAGUAUGUAACGUUGAAUAGAACAUACAACUGCAAAAAUGCUACCGAACAACUUGGUUACAAACCAAUAGUGUCACUCAAGGUUCUUACUUCAACUUCUUUUCAUUCGGUUUUUUAUACUUGUAUUUCCUUAACUUUUAUAAACUUUGUUGUUAGGAAGGAGUGA